AUGACGUCCAAUGUUCCUAUUGCCUUGGAAAUCAAACCUCUCAGUGAUCCGAUGAAUGAAGUACUUCUCUCUCACGCUGUAUCCUUGGAGGUGGAGCACAAUACACACAUCUUGAAAAUAGGCGGUACAGAUGAUAAGAUAAAGGUCUCACCGAAAUGCCUUGAUCAAAUCCGACUUGUAGUUCAUCAACUUCAUCUAUAUCAGCGUACCGCCAAAGCCCUGACCAAAGUUGCAAAGUCGGACCGAGUCGAGGAAACAUUUGUAUUCUACAUGUCUCUAAUUUCAUAUUUCGCGGUUCUUAUCACUGCAUUUCUGCGUGAGGCGAAGGCCGAUUCAUCCAGCUCAAAUUCAAAAUGGCGUUCAGCAUACCUCGACUACCACAUGGCCCUUGCGUUGCACGGAAACUCAUUCACACUGGAUCAACAAAUUGUCGCAAUGCAGGAUAUCAAGCGAAGUUGGAACCAAUUCAGGGAGAAAAAGGUGUUCAAAAAGGUUCAGGAACUGCACGGUAAGAGAAUGCACGAUACAUUUUGUGUUGAAGGCGACAACAUGUGUGGAGGGUUGUUUGAACAUCAGCGUUCAGAAGAUGACAUGAUAACUGCUAUAAUCGAUGGCAUCACGUCGGAAGUUCCGGACCACGACAGAGAUGAUGUCGAUGCACCUGCCCCGGAGGAUCAGACCUCAGAACGACCCAAAAGCGCAGGUAUCACACCGGGUACACCAGCCAAUCCAUCGCAACCAGAUAUGGAAGUGGAUGUCGAUCCUGCCGACCUCAAUGUUUCAGGGACGAGGACAGCCAUAUCCGCGUCCAUAUACGUCAAGAAAGCUGCACGUAUGAAGGACCAUGAAGACAUCGACGGGAGUGGUCAUUCAAAGAAGGACGUCAUACAUACCGACGAUGAGAGCAUCACUGAUCAAAUCGCAAGUCGAUUUGAGAAAAAAUCUGAUUCAAAGAAAUCGCCCAAGGGACGACGAAACUCCCGUAAGGGUAAAGCAAAAGCCUCGCAAGGAAAGAAGAACGUCAUUGAAUCACCCAUGCUAGAGGCGGAAUCUGAUGUGGAUUUGAACCUCCCAAUUUCCGAUCCUCUGCGUCUGACUGCUCACGAUGGUGGGUCCUCAAAGAUCGACAUCGCCGUUGCUGAUGUCGAUGUUUAUAACGAUGAGAGCAUCACUGAUACAAUCGCAACUCGCUUUGAAAACAAUGAGGAGUUGAGGAAUCCAUCCAAGGAACGCAAGAAUGUCUGGAAGGGGAAAGGGAAAAAGUCGUAUGGCAAGCAGAAGGCUCCUGAAUCACCUUUGUUGGAGGUUGAAUCGGAACAAGAGGAGAGCCCACAUAUGCCACAUCCUGUAUUUUCGCUGACAGACAAUGAUGUGACUUCUCGAAUGGAUAUAUCGGAUCUCGACGCUGAAGGGUAUGAAAAGGGUCUUCUUCCACCGAAUCAAGACAAAUGGGAAGCCUUGACGAGGCUCGCAUUUGAAAAGGGAAACUCUCAAGUGUUUUUAAAACUCGCUACCUGGAUGCUAGUACGAUUCCGCGACCUCACAAACCGUGAUAUGGAUUCUGAGCUCGAUGGACUGCUAAUUUCCGAGAAUCCACGCCUUUUGGAGUUUGAUGAUGAUCGUUACUUCGAGGCAGUUGGUAUGGAACGGCUGUAUUCUGCAAUUGUACACAUGGAGGCAAGGCCUCGUUACUUGUGUCAUUUAUUCCAUGCACUCGGAAAACGCCUGACGGAGUCUGAUGUUGGCACUAGUAAUCCACGUAUCUGGCCUAGUCGCUCUCCACCAGCAGUUCAACGAGAGAUGAUGACUGAUAUGGAGCUUCCCUGGUUAGGGAUCAACACCGAUAUCACGGCAGAUCCCUGGUUGGCCUUUACGAAUGUAACUGACGAUGAUGCAGAAGGAUCAGUUGACAUGGAUGGGCGCGAUGUCACACUGGCGUUGGAUUCAAUGAUUAUUGAAGACGAUGACCUCCCAAUUCAUCAUGGAACUGACGCUGGUAUAUCUAGGUUGGAAAAGAGGAAGAGGACGUUAUCGCAGGCGUCCCCCCCAAAGAAGGAUGGCGGCAGAGGGACUCCAAAGCGGUGCAAGAACGGUUCCCAGACCAACGUUACAUCGAGUUCUAUUAUCCAAUAUUCCUCUGAUAUAGACCAAUCUGGUUUUAUCAACUCGCCAACGCUUCCGUUGUCUUCUCACAUGUCCAGCGUCAGCAGUCAGCCCGACAACGUAUCCGAUAUCAUGGAGGCAUGGGAUGAUCCAAUUCAAGCAAAUACUAACGAUAAUGAGACGGCACAUAGAGAUGCAACUCAGCCUUUGUGGAAUGUUCCUGACGACAAUCACAUUGAACAUGGCAAGGAAGACCAGAAUGACCGCGCAAAAUCGACAUAUGUUGAUCGAGCUGGAUCCGCAAGUCCUGUGAUCUUAGUACCCGGAACGCAACCGUCUCCCAUUGAUUAUAACAUGGAUACAACCGCGCCACUCCCACAGAAUUCAACUAUCAUGACAGAACCUGAAGAUUCAUCGCCAUCGAUUCACGCUCUUCCUGUGGAACCUUCAACUUCUGUAGGAAGUACAUGCACAGAGGACGAUGUCACCCCUCCCCGCACAAAUUCCUAUCAUAACUCCCAAAUAGAGUUGGUUGGAGAGAAUGACCCGCCGCCGCACCUGAAAUGA